AUGAGUCUCGCCUCGCUGUUCCGUCGCACACCGCGGCGGUUCAUGACGCCUGUGCAACUUGCCGCACACCUUGCUCCGCCUCCAACGCCGACAGCUCAGUCAAAGUCAGCCUCAAGUCCGAGCCCGAGUCCAUCCGAAACAAGCGCCGAUGACGCCGAGCCGAUACAUGGGCAUCCCGUUGUGUUGCCAGACCUAACGAAGCAGUGGCCAAAAAUCACUCCCGAGUGUCUCCGGAAUAUUCUGGGCGACAAGGCUGUUGAGGUCGAGCUCGGAAGGAGGGGGAGGGGAUACCUCGACCCGGCGUGGCAGCGGGUCGAGAUGCCAUUCUCCUUCUUCCUGGACUACAUCUCGCAGUCUGACUCGGCGCCUUCAGGUGCUUCCGAUUCCCAUGCGUCUUCCAACGGCUCUACUCCUUCCGCGACGCCAGGCCCGCAAGCCCCCUCGUCACAUUUCCCCCACAACGCCCCCAAUGCCCCCGACCACGCGACCGCCUCGUCCAGUGACGCCACGGCGGGCGCGAUGCAUCUCUCAGCCUACCUUGCCCAACUUCCGCUACCUUGCUCUCUCCCCCUCCCGCCGCUGGAACACUACACCUCCGUCAAAGGGGAUCUGUACGGCCGCACGCUCUGGGUCGGCAACGCGUCCUUCACGCCCUUCCACCGCGACCCAAAUCAUGGCAUCUACACGCAUCUCUACGGCGAGAAGAUCUUCUACCUCGUUCCGCCGCAGAAUGAGGCACACCUCGCGCCCGCCGCGGGGAUUCUAAGAAACACUUCGAGAGUACCUGUGCCGAUCUCUUGCCUCGAUGCCGGGGAAGACAUGAACGACCUCGAACAUCCUCCAGAGGUUUACAGGACCAUGAUCAGAGAGGCGGCCAAGGGCGGUUACACUGCCCGUCUCAAGGCUGGAGACAGUUUGCUCAUUCCAAUGGGGUGGUGGCACAGCGCCGAGGGCUUGGGUCUCGGUGUCGGCGUCAACGCAUGGUUCCGUUAG